AUGUUCAAUCCACAAUCAUCUACGUCAUUUUUUAUAUUAUUUAUUGAAAUUGAUCAACUUCAAAUUAAUUUGACAUGUACACUAUUGAAUAAUGAAAAGAUAAAUGAGACCAUAAAUGAAAAAAACAAUGAAAAUUUUAAAAACGUUUAUUUAUUAUCGGUAUGGAAAACAGGUGAAAAAAAUUUCUUUCAUUCAAUAUCAAAUGAACAAUUUAUUGAUAGAAUGAUAAAUAAACAACAACGUCUAUCAUGUCUAGAUUUAAAUAGUUAUAAAUUGGGUUCAAUGUCAUCGUUAAAAAAACUCGUAAAAAAACAAUCUCAACAAAAUAAAUCCAUGUUAACUAUUGAAAAUUUUUAUUUCAAAUCAUCUACAAUAACAGAUCAUCCACAAUCAUUGAAAAAUGUAUCAUUUACUUCAGUAAAAAUUGAUUCUACUAUCAUUAUUUCAACAACGACAUUAUCAUCGAUAAGAGUUAUUAGAGAAGAGGAAGAAAAUGAUCAAUCAAUACUUCCAGCAUUUUUUCUCUUUUUAUUCAAUGCGAGUAAAAGUAUUUUACCAACAUCACUACGAACACCGCCGAGACGAUUACUUAUACAAGAUAUAUUCUUAUUAAAAGUUGAUAGUUUAAAUGUGUUAAUAUUUGGCUUGCAAAACAGUGCAAAACAGUUUGGCAGUAGAAAAAAAUAUUUUGAUUGA